AUGAAGCCCGGCGACAACCUCGACGAGGUCAUUGAGACUACUAUAUGGAACUGUAAGGUUGGGGUGGCCAUCUUCUCUCCGAAUCAUUGCACUUCUGAUUACUGUCUCCAUGAAUUGGCUCUGAUGAUGGAAUGCAAGAAGAAGGUAAUUCCCAUCUUCUAUGAUGUUAAGACCUCUGAUCUGGUGCUUGCUGUGGAUGAUGGAAGCUUUCCGGGCAAGCAGCUGCAUAGGUUCAGCGUGGCACUUAAGCUGGCCAAGGGCACGGUGGGCAUCUCGUUUGAUUCCUGCAAAGGGGAUUGGUCUGAUAUGCCGAAAAGAGUUUCAGACAGGGUAGUGGAAAUCUUGAAGGACUUGGAGGAUGAAGAAAAAUUUUAG